UCUCUCCUCUCCUCCUCUCUCCUCUCCUCUCUACAAAGGCAAUAGCUCUAUCAGACUAAAAAAUGGGACAUCGGCAAGAUUUGAGCUGCAAAUAGGCAUUCGACAGGGCUGCAGAAGGAUUUAUCCUUGAAAGGACGAGUUUUGAUGACAAAGGCAAAAGAUUGUAACGAGUAUUUGAAGAUCCAUGGGAACAUGCCAUUCCAGUUACAAGUAGUUCCGGUUCCAGUUUCAGCAAUACCUAGAAAAACAGACCCCCUAAUAAAAUUAGAGAAAAGAGAUUAUACUUAUAAAAGCAGAGACAGCGAUGGAUGAAGUCAUAAAAAAAAAGCUGCAAAAGUUUGAUGAAUCACUGAGACAUCCAGCAGGCUCAAGUGCAGUGGAGAGUUUAUGUGAGGAGACUGCUGCCCUAUCAACAUGCAGCAAGAAGAAGAAGAAGAAGAAGAAGAAGAAGAAGAAGAAAAAGAAGAAAAAAAUCCAGCAAGAAGUGGGAUCACAAGAAGGUGAGCUGCAAGAUAAAGAGGAUCCGUCAUUUCCAGACACUGUCAUGAAAUCCAUUGAGGAAUCAAACUCGAGUGUGCAACCGUUCACACAGCCUGCUGAGAACUCAAACAGGUGGCAUCAAAACAGUCAUCCCCAAGUCAUCACCAAGCUUGAGAAGCUAGCUAAAAGCUUCUCAACAGGCUCCAACAGGCAUCCAACAGGCUCAAGUGCAGCGGAUAGUUUAUGUGAGGAGACUGCUGCCCUAUCAACAAGCAGCAAGAAGAAGAAGAAGAAAAAGAAGAAAAAAAUCCAGCAAGAAGUGGGAUCACAAGAAGGUGAGCUGCAAGAUAAAGAGGAACCGUCAUUUCCAGACACUGUAGUGAAAUCCAUCGAGGAAUCAAACUCGAGUGUGCAACCGUUCACACAGCCUGCUGAGAACUCAAGAAGGUGGCAUCAAACCAGUGUUCGCUGGAGGCCCAAGCUUGAGAAGCUAGCUAAAAUGGAUGAUAACAAGACAUAUAAGCCAGGAAGUCUUACUCUUGUACUCAACCCUGAAUUUCUGAUUGCUAGGGGAAGUGAUGGAACACAAGUUUUUCUUGGUUUGAGGGAUGACGGCACAGAAGUGGCUUUGAAACGAAUGGAUAAGUUUAAUUACCAAGACCUCAAAAAUGAGGAGGAAUUUCUACGACAUCCAGACCUUGAUAGUCCCUCCAUUGUGCGAUAUGUGGACUUUACAGAAGAUGAGCAUUUUGGAUACCUUGCUCUUCAGCUUUGUGAGUACACACUGGAGGAAUAUAUCCAAGAGCAUUUACCAGAUGAUAACACUGAGAGAAGUUUGGUUUUGAAGAAGCUGGUGAAGGAAGUUCUCUGCAGCUUACAAGUUUUACACCAACCGAAAACUAAAGUGCUUCAUCGGGACAUCAAACCCCAGAAUGUUCUGAUUGAUAUAAAUGGAAAAGCUAGAUUGGCUGAUUUUGGCAUAAGUCGUCGAUUGAACCAAAGUCAAACAACUUUACGAACAGGCAUUGCUGGAACUAGAUGCUGGAAGGCAAAGGAGACCAUAAAUGAGGAGGUCACCAUUGGGUACAAGAGGAGCUCCGACAUUCAGGUUGCUGGGAUGUUGGUGUACUAUAUUCUCUCUAGAGGACAGCAUCCAUUUGGUAAAGGCGCAUAUUGUGAAGUCAACAUCCUACAAGGAAGAUACUCACUGGAACAUCUGGAUGAUGAAGUAGCGAAGGAUCUCGUCGAGUGGAUGAUCAAUGAAAAUCCAAACAACAGACCAACUGUGGAGCAAACACUUGCACACCCCUUCUUCUGGAAUGAUGAAAGGAGAGUGGAGUAUUUGAAAAAAGUGGGGAACCAGAAUGAGACCGAGAACUGUCGUAAUGUUGAUGAGGAACUCCUUCAUGCCAUUGAAAAAUACACAGAGGGGAAAAGCUUUUCUGAAUGGAAAACUAAAUUGCGGCCUGACAUUGUCCAGAAACUGGAUGGAAAGAAGAAAGGCUAUCCUGAGAACACACUGGGCCUGCUGCGUUUUAUUCGCAACCUACACGAGCAUUAUCCAGAGGACGCAGAGAGCAUCAACCUGAUGGAUUCAUUCCCUGAUCUGUUUGGGAGUGUGUUCAGGUUUGCAAAGGAGAGAGGGUGGAACUCCAGGACGAGUCUCAAAAAGUUCUUUAGCUCAGUUCCAUAGAUUUGAUUGUUGUUAUUUUUAAAUAUGUACAUUGAUUUUGCAUCAUGAAUGUAUUUCAUGAUUGAUUUUUAAAUAAAGACAGAUGUAAGAUGAGCUAAGGUCUAUUGUUGUUCCGGAAAUGAGGCCCUGACAGCUGAAAAACAAUGACAGAUACUGUAAAAAAUGCCAGUUGUACAUUUUUAAACAGGAUAAUUUCAGUUCUUGUUUUAUCUUCUGGAAAAUAUGUAAAUAUCUGUUACAAAGCAACCUUGGCUGUACUAAGCAAAUGAUCACAAUUACAAUUGUGAACAAUUAUCAUACAGUUUUAUACAUGUUUGGUAUCAUUUGAAAUGUCUCAGUGCGACUAAAUGUAUCAUUUCCAAAGAGGUAAACCAAAAGGUAAUAAAGUUCUUAAUAGUUUAGAAAUAUCUUGCACACAGAAGGUUGUGACUUCACGGCAAAUGGU